GCCACAUAACUACUAUGAAAAAGGCAAAGGAGAUCAGGCCAAACGGACCAGUAUCUUUAAUCUUUCUCAAACACUGUCUACUUCGUUUGAGGAAGAGAUUACACAAACUCGAUGUCAGAUCAGAUUUAUGAAAGUUCUUCAAUCUUAAUUUUGGUGUGUCAGGCCUUUUCUCAGAACAUUGUUCUGCAUAGAAUAGGUACUUUGGAAUUCUCCUAUCUUCCAUACAAAUUGCACAGCCUGCUUACCUCAGUUUGCUAUGUCACAAGAGAGCCCCUAUGCUUACAACAUUUGCGAACUCCAAGGAUUCAACAUCACUCACAUUGUUUCCCCAAGAUUUUGAAAAGAUUUAUCAAAGAUGCUUUUACUUUGAUAAGGCAUCGUUUAAAUGAUUUGGUCUUUUAUUACUACAACCUGACCUCUCCUCCACACUGAGUUACUCAGUUCUCUGUCUUCAUUGAGCAGGUAUCCCUUGUCUUGUGAGUAAGCAUCCAUCCAGAGAAUGUCUACAGUCGGUUUGACAUCUGAAUUUAAUUUAGUGAAGGAUGUGAAAGGUUGAAUCUUCAAGUAAGAAAAAAUAUCAACGUGGGAAGGGCCUCAGAGUCACUAAACUUAAAUUGUUUCUUAAAAAAAUGAUUAAAUAUGAAACCCCAAGUGUUACCUGGGGACAGAGGCUGUGGGUAACUAACAAUGGUUUCAAAAUGUUUGGCUCAAGGUCAACCAUUUCAGGGUAGGGAAGUAAGUCAAUUACAUCAACCCCACCGUCCAACUGGUACUUAUUUGAUUGACCCUGAAAGGAUGAAAGGCAAAAUCAAUCUCAGCAGAAUUUGAAC